AUGGAGAGAUUCUAUGCACUUCAAUUGCUUAGUUUGGUACAUAGACACACGGGACAUUUGCGAAUAGCAAAACAUUUUUUAUGUCCUGGCUGGGACACCGUGAAUAUAGAUACUAUUCAAAAAAGUAAUGUGGAACAUGAAUUCUAUGUAAAAAGUGUAAAUAAUGCUAAUCUUUUCUACACUGUGAAUAGUGAAAUCGGUACUUGUACAUGUCCAAUUAGCGCGUCUGGUACUCCUUGCAAACAUCAGGGCGCAGUUUUAGUUAAAUUUCAUAUAUCAACAUUCAAUUUUCUGCCGUCUUUAACUUCCAAUGAUCGUAUACUUUAUGCUUAUAUUGCACUGGAUUAUACCGCAAAAGAUAAUUCUUUUUACGCAUCAUUACACGCAGAAUUUACUCCACAAGAUCAAGAAAGUCUACAAAUAACAAUAAAAAAAUCAGGUAGCAAUGCAUCUAACGCGUCUGUUGAAUUUAGAGAUUCAAUUGAAAAAGUCGAUAAUACUUCCACAUUUAUUGAUUUCUUAGAAGAAAUCAAAGAAGACUACUAA